GCAUAUCAAAAAAAUUAUCAAAAGAAAAUAUCAAAUAUGUGACUUUCAAAAAUGUAAUUUGAGAAAGACGAAUGUUUACCAUCCAUGUCCAUGUAGAUAGAUGUAAGGCUCUCCUAUAUUUUAGAACACCAUGAAUUUCUCUCACAAACUCAUCCUCCUUGUUCCUUUUCCUUCUCCAAAUGCCCUUAUCCCCACUUCUUCUUCUCCUACCGAAUUCCUUGCGAUGGCGGAUUAUCAAACUCAACUUCUUCUCCUUCGCCACUUUCAACCAAAUCAAACCAUAUUUAUCAACCACCGAUUCAUAAUCAAAUGCACAGUCCUAACGAAGACCUCGAAGGCGGUCGCCGCCGUCGCAAUUCACCCUCGUGUUGGACUCUGUUCUAUGCUUGGGUCUCCUUCCUCAUCUGGACUAUCGUAAUCUUCUCUCUAAUAUUCGGAAUCGCCUUCUUCGCUUUCGUCAGAUCUAAUCUCCCCGACGUCAAAGUCCAUAGGCUUGAUGUUUACAAGCUUGAUGUGAUUCAACCGAAGAACAGAAACAAGGAUACGCAAUUGGCGAUUGAUGUUGAGUUAUUUGUUAACGUGACAAACAACAACAAGAAGGUGACGUUAGUGUAUGAUGGAAUGCAUGUGGAGACGAAGAUCGAAGGAUUCUCGUUACCGAAAGUUCAUUUGAAGGGAUUCAGGCAGAAUCCUCAGACAUCGCAUGAUUUGAAGAUCCAUCCGCGGGAGCUGAGAUCGGAGGUGAAUGAUGAUGAUGAUGCUACGGAGUUGAAAUUCAGCGCUAAACAACAUGAAAUGGUGUUGAAUUUGAAGAUGAGAGGGAAAAUUGAGUUCUGGUUUAAUGGAAGGAUGGUGAGUAAGUUAGGCCUCAAGGUGUCGUGCAAUAGUAUUGAACAGUCUCUGAUCGAUCAAGCCCUUGCACAUAAUUGCCAUGUCAAAUUAAAUUAUUUCAGUUGAUAAAUGUAUUCGGAGAAGUUGUAUAUGGAAGUGAUGGGGGUCUCAGAUGGAGCCCUGCAAUGCUAGACAGUUGGAAUUAUUGGAGGUGAUGAAUAAUAAAGGAAAAGGGAAAGACCCACAUUCACAUUUCAUUAUGCAUGCUAUUUGUUGUUCAUAAAUCAUCUAGAAAAAAGAGAGGGUGUCUAAUUCUUUAAACUGUGUUCAAUGAGGGAUUUUUCGUGAUGAAAAAGUAAACAAAUAAUGUACUAUAUCAC